UCUUCUACUCAAAGAAAUGGAUAAAUUGGGUGGGAAAGAAACAAUAAUUAAAUCCAAGGGUAGGCCCAUUUGUGCUAAUUUCUUUUUACUUUAAGCUAGUACAGCAAACGUGUAUCAAUAAAUGGACACACCUUCACGUUUAAAACCAAAACGAUUCUAUCCAUUAUUAUAACAGUUGCAGAGGUUUGACACCACAGAGUUGCAGAACUCGACCAGACACGAAAUAAUUUAUUCAGUGAACGUGCUAUUUAGUAUUAGAAGCAGACAUUUUAUCUGCGUAUCAAACAUUUUUAAAGCAAUAGACAAGUAGUCCCGGUAACUCUGCGCUGCAAAAGAUUGGGUCUUCAUACAAUAAGUAGAAGAGCUUCUGGGAGUCUUGAAACCCUAAUUAGGGUUAGUGUUUGAAAUGGGGCGUACUCCUUGCUGUUCGAAAGUGGGUCUCAACAGAGGCCCAUGGACUCCCGAGGAAGACGAUUUUCUCGCACAGUACAUACAAAAGCACGGUGAAGGCGGGUGGAGAACGCUUCCUAGGAAAGCAGGUUUGAUGCGGUGCGGAAAGAGCUGCCGAUUGAGAUGGAUGAAUUACCUGCGACCUGAUGUUAAAAGAGGCCGGAUUCUGCCCGAUGAAGAAGACAUCAUUCUUAGAUUGCAUCGUCUUCUGGGUAACAGGUGGUCUCUAAUCGCAGGACGUAUACCUGGCCGGACUGAUAACGAGAUUAAGAACUUCUGGAAUACCCACCUUAGCAAAAAACUUAUAAGCCAGGGCAUUGAUCCUCGAACCCACAGACCCCUUUCUGAAUCAGAACUUUAUGACAAUGAUAAAAGUAAUGUAGAUUCUGAAAGCAAACUCAGCCCAGAAGCUUCUCAUCAUCAUUCUCCAGACAAAUCUCCACAAACUGAUGUCUUGCCUGAUAAUGUUGAAGCUGCCUUUCAACCUACCAAACACCAAGUUUCACCAGAGAUCAUCAAGGAUAGUGAGCUUCCACAAGUUUCUGUAACAGAUAGCCUAAAUUAUGCUUUCAAUGAUACUUCUAAUGGCACUUCAAACAGUAUACCCCCACCUUUCAUUCACGAAGCACAAUACUCUAUCAGUGCUGUUCCCAUGAAUCCAAUAUCGAUUUCCUAUUCUAAUGCUAUUCUGGGAGUGGGCUUACAAGAUAGUGAUGCUUCCCAAUAUUUGAGAAGGGAGUCCAUCACAAAUAGCUAUUUUGUGGCACCUGCAACGACAGAUUCAAUCCUGCAAAGCAUUCCUUGCUUAUCUGGUGCUGUACUCAAUCAAAAUUAUUCAUCCGGAGCUUUUCCUGACAAUUUUGAGCAAUCUGAGAUGCAACAACGUCAAGUGCUACCAGAAAACAAUCAUCUUAUCACUCAUAUGGAGGACUACAAUUCAGAUGCAUUCUCUUACUUACUGGAUUCCUUCAUGGAUGGUGGUCAGUUUUAUGGCGAAACAAACAAGGAUGUUGCACCUUUACUGUUAGAAAACAAGCAGCAGUUUUCACAUACUGAGACUCCAAACCAUCGUGCAUACGAGAUGUGGUCUAUGAUGUCCCAACCAUCAGAAUAUCCAUCGAGUUUUCCUGAAAAGUUGUAGCAAAUAUGAUAUAGCAUUAGAAUUGUUUUGUACAUGCUUAUAUCUAUAUCAGAAACUUGGUAUCUAUCUCUGAAUUAUUGUUUUGUAGACAAGCAACAUUGUAUUCGAUUCUUGCGAUCAAAGAAUUGUUGUUAUAUUUAUGGAA